AUGGCCUUAUCUACUGGAAUUAACAACACAUACGAAGAGGUGCCCGAUCUAGCCAAGGAAUUCGUCAACAAAGCACCAGAUGAGACGGGGCAGCGACCCAAGUUCAAAGUAUCACGGGAUACCCUAGUGCGGACCCACCAACGACAUCUCAAGCUUCUAAGCGAAGGUAGCGUGCCCGUUCGCAGCUUGGUCCUACCCAAGCCGUAUCCCCCAGCACGCGGCUUGGUUGAGGCGACAUCAACGAAGGCUGUCCACCUCGGUGAUCUUCGCAUAGAUAGCAGAGACGGGGAUGCUGUGCUCCUGCUUCGUACCAUAACGGCUCCCUACGUCUGGUCUUCUACGGUCACUGUCGCAGAGGAUGAGACAGGGGAUGUUGCUAGGCUGACGGUCUGCAAUCUCGAAGAUAACGUCGUUGAUCCCAUCGUGACUGAAGGAACUAUUCUCGCAAUAAGGCAACCCUGUUGGACAAGACUAGUGGAUGGAGGGUACCAUAUCCGUGUCGACCAUCCUUCAGACCUUGUCUUGCUUCAACCGAACGAUGAUCUUGUUCCUGAAGCAUGGAGGGACGACGAUGGCCAAAAUUUCAAAGGAGACGCGGCGCAAUGUAAAAAAGAAGGCGACAUGAUGUUUCUGAAGAAGCGCUUCCGCCAAGCUCUCGAGCUCUAUACCAAGGGUCUACAACAUGUCUCCACCACUCCGGACUCAGCUGCUGAGAUCGACUUGUAUCGUAAGCGCUGUGGCGUCAGCAUAGUUCUUCUUCGCCUCGACGAUGCAGCGAAAGACCUCGCCGAGGCGAUAGCGACCCAUGCUCGCUCUACACCUGACCUCUCCUCCUCCGAACUCGCAGACGCGUCAAUUGUCAAAGCAUGGCUCCAAAAUCGCAGCACCGAAGACCCACUACACAUCUCAACCAGGAUCCCUCGUCCCCUCAAGGAGCUAGCAGCCAGGAUCAAGUUCGACAUCGGCAUCAAUCAAUCCACGCCCGACUAUAACCUAUCGGUGAUAUCCGCUUAUGUAGGACCCCUGACGUUGCACGUUGACGCUGCAAACUACAUUAGCGAUACCGAAGUUCGAGAGACUGGUUCCCGCGGCCGUGGUCUGUUUGCGAAGAAAGAUUUCAAGGAAGGCGAGCUGAUCUGUGCGGAGAAGGCUUUCGUGCUCCCAGGAUAUUUCAUGCAAGAUCGAAACAGUGACUGCCUGCUCUACAGUCUGGGCGACGGAACCGCCGCACCAAGACCAGGUGCAUGGCUCUUCAAAGAGCUGGUACAGAAGCUGAGGUGGAAUCCUAGUCUACGAAAAGAGUUCUUCGACAUGGGUGAUGGUGGAUACUGGGAGGAGCAUGGGUGGGAACUAGCUGAAGAAGAAGAUAUACCAGUUGACGUAUUUCGCGUUGAGUACAUCCGCCGCCUCAACUGCUUUUCUGCGCCAACACGCUCCUCAGAUCUCCUGAAUCAGCCGCCGAAUUCGAACCCAGAGCUCCGUAAUGGCUUCUGGACGCACGCCUCGUACGCUAAUCACUCCUGCCUGCCAAACUCAAUACGCACGUUCAUCGGCGAUCUCAGGUUCUUGCGCGCUGCCAGGGAUAUUGCGGCAGGAGAGGAAAUUACGAAUCAGUACGUCGCGCCCGACAUCGACAUCGACGAACGACAGGAGAAGCUGCGAACAACUUGGGGAUUCGAAUGCGAUUGUCAGCUCUGUAUCAUAGACGGCAGCGUCAGCGAAGGAACAAGAAAAGAGCGGCUGAGGCAGUUCGAAGAGCUCAAGAGCACAGUCAUGAAACUGGGUGAGAAAGGCGCUCCCACGAUAACCUCCCUGAAGAAGAUCGCCCGCGCACUCCGCGAGAUGGAAAUACUCUACUCACCUUCCAGAAUUGAAGGCCAAACCACAGAAGAUCCCUACGCCACGCUCCCCCGCCUCGCACUUGUCCAUCCCACGCUCUUCUUGACCGAAGCUUGGCGCAGCGUCAAGAACAUUGACCGCACAAUCGAAUACGCGCUGAAGCUGCUGCGCAAUUUCGGCCUCGUUGUCACGACCGAGGGAGGGAAGUUGGAGGUGGUUCAUAACGCGGGCUUUGUCAACGUCGAAACCGUCCGCGCGCUCAACUAUCUAGCUGAGGGCUAUACAUCCCGCGGCGAGGAUGAACUUGCAGCACAAUGUCGAGAAAAGGCUAAGCAGUGGUACAUCAUCAUCACAGGCUCUGAAGUAGGUGCGGAGCAGUUCUUUGGCAGCGAGCAGUUUUUCUCAUAG